UCCUGCUCUUUGUAUACAAGGAGCCCGUCUCCCUCUUUCUCUCGACUUCUUCUGGGGAGGCCUUUUAACAAUGGCCCCGGCGGCGGCGGGGAGCCGGCGCCGGUGAUGGAGGAGCCCUGGCGGAAGGAGGAGGCUCCCCGAGGCUCUGGGAAUGCCCUCCUCGCUGCUGCCGCCGGCGGAGGAGGAGGAAGAAGGAGACGGAGAGGGAGCAGCAGCCCCGGGCCGGACGGGCAGCGAGUGAGGCUCCAAGGCUGCUGCUGCUGACUGCUGGCCACCCCGCCUCGUCCCAUGGAGCUGGAGGUGCAGUGGUGGAAGGGACAGCUGGCCGCCGAUAUCCACCAAGCCCUCCGCUACAAGGAGCUGAAGCUACCGUCAUAUAAAGGCCACUCUCCCCAGCUGAACCUGAGAAGAUAUUUUGCAGACUUGAUUGCCAUUGUGAGCAAUCGCUUCAGACUCUGUCCUGCUGCCCGACAUCUUGCUGUUUAUCUACUAGACCUCUUUAUGGACCGUUAUGACAUAUCAAUUCAACAGCUACAUGUGGUUGCUCUUUCCUGCUUGCUGUUAGCAAGUAAAUUUGAAGAAAAGGAAGACAGUGUGCCUAAACUUGAACAGCUAAACAGCCUGGGUUGUAUGACUAACAUGAACUUGGUCCUAACUAAACAGAACUUGCUGCAUAUGGAGCUGCUGUUACUAGAAACCUUCCAGUGGAACCUUUGCCUCCCAACAGCUGCUCACUUUAUUGACUAUUAUCUUUCUAUUGCUGUGCAUGAAUCGGAUCUCCAUGAUGGAUGGCCAAUGGUGUGCCUGGAAAAGACAAAGUUGUAUAUGGCAAAAUAUGCUGACUACUUUUUGGAGGUGUCCCUGCAAGAUCAUGCAUUUUUAAAUUAUGCCCCUUCGUUAGUGGCUGCUGCAUGUGUGGCUUCUUCAAGGAUGAUCUUGCGUCUUUCCCCAACAUGGCCAGCACGACUCCAUCGUCUCACUGCAUACUCCUGGGACUUCUUGGUGUCAUGCAUUGAACGGCUGUUGGUUGCCCAUGACAAUGAUGUAAAAGAAGCCAACAAGCAAAAAGGACAACAUGUUUCUCAAGCUGCCCAGCCCAGUUUAUUUCAAACAGCCCCUCAAUCUCCUCAGCAGCACAUACCCCAGUAUAUUCAAGCACAUCAGACUCCUCUACAGUAUCCUCAAACUGCAACACAACAGAACUGUCAGCAGAUUGUAUCAUCUGGUCCCACAUCAUCUUAUCCACUGCAUGCUUGUCUCGGUGGUUUACAAGGUGGUGUUCAAGCUCGAGGCCAUAUACAGACUGCUACUGGGAUGUCUUUAGCUGUACCAAUAGAAGUGAAGCCAUGUUUAAGUGUUUCUUACAACCGAAGCUACCAGCUUGCUGGACGUUAUCCUUGUAUUACCCCCUGCUUUGAGAGGUGAUAACUACAGGGGAACCCUAAAUGUUGUCAGUAUCAACUAAAAUGGAGGGCAGUAGGAAAAGGAAAUGGGUAGAUUCCAUUUCCCAUCCGCAAAAGUAAAUCAGAAUUUAUAGAUAUGAGAACAUAUCUUCAACAGGGUGCUAAAAUUUCAGAACAUUGGGGGAAAUAAUUCAGACUCACAGAAGUUACUUGUGUUCAGCUUAAACCUGUCCUGACUGCACAUUUGUCUUCCCACAAAGAGUGACCCCUAUUGCACACCUCCAUACAGUAUUGACUAAGGCAUCAAAAGUCCAUGAAGUGCCAUCAUUUUUCAGGAAAUGGAGAGACAGGUGGAAGAGAAGUGAACCUCUUCAUUUAAUCAGUGGCUCAGUUUCUCAUCCAUACCUGUGGAUGAGGGUUUUGUUUUUGUUUUUUUGCUAUAAUGGAUUAAUAUUUGCAUAUGUCUUCUAUUUCAAAGUACUGUUGUCUUCAUUGAGACCAUUUAGAGACAAAUUGUCAUACUAACUCAGGGAAUAAUCAAACUACUGUGAUACUGGUCUGUAUUGUGGAAGUAGUUAUCUGGAGUUCUCUUGCUUACUGUAAAUGCAGUUGCAAAUACCAAAGGGAAUUCAGAUAGUCAUCCAGGCUAUUCCCUUCAUCCAAAAGUGUGCUUUUUAAAGAAACUUGCUGUGGGUGGGGAGAACUGUUUGUGAUUUCCCCUAGUUUAUGCAACCACUUACUUUAUCCAGAAAACUCAGAUUUUGUUUCAUUAUAUGAAUUCCCAGUGUUUGUACUGGGGAAGCACAACUCAAGUGCUUACAAGAAAUACAGCCUUAUAGUUGAUAUCUAUAGAAGAUAUGAGAAAUGGAAAUGUGCAGCUCUAGCACAGAGCUAAAUUUCCUGUCUCUACUAUGAAAUAAAUAGUGAUUCCAAUAUUUUUAUGGUGUGAAUCAGGCAAUAACACUAAGUGUGCUGUGAUACUAUUAUCACAUAACUAUCAUAAGUGAGAGAGCUCAAUCAGAAGCAGAAUUAUUUAAGUGUGGAGAGGAUAUCGGUGAAAAACUUUUGUUAAGGAAAUCUCCUCUAGCUUACAAAAUUAAGAAUUAGUUGACCAUCCAAGGUAGAAAAGGAAAGGAAUCUGUAGAGGUUGGGAGUAUGGGGUAGUACUUGCAGCCUUCGGUCUGGGAAUAUCUUGAGGGUUUUUCCAAAAGAAUAUUGGGAGUGGGGACAGAUGUGGUUGAAGAAUAUGAAUUGGAUGUUGAUACAACACACUUUUCCAAGGGAAGAAGGGGCCAUCCUAAAACACUUGACAUUUAGAGGAGAGUGAUAUUGCUAAAUGCCCUUUUUAAAGAGCAGAACAGAUUACAAAAAAUAUUCUUUAAUUUAGGGGAGAAGCAAUCCUAUGUAGUGGUGAUUAUUUUAUUCCAUAAUAUAUUUUUCAAGGCAUGUGAUUUAAAGGGACUUCUGAAAAAAGGAUGGAAAACAUUCAAACAACAUCUUUUAUAUGUUAGGGAAUUAUUUACUACUUCCUUAUGCCCAUUUUAGUGUUAGUUUUGUUCCCUUCUUCCUUCAGAGGGAAAAGAAAGUUAGUUAAGAGUGGAAAUGUCUUGUUAUAUGGUGUACAUUACUGAUGGCUUCGUUUUUAAAUGGGGAUGAAGGACUGCAGAAUGCAUCUGGAAGAGAAAAAUACACAUCUCAGUUUGCAAUACUAUAUGAAAAAUUCUUCAUUGUUUGACUACCUCAAUAAUACUUUGAAUGUACAGUUUUGUGGUGAACCAUGGCUUGAAAUACCAGCAGGAUGCAUUGGUUUCAGUUUCAUCUUCCAUGUGCAAGACAGCAGAGUAGAGUUACUAAUAAAUCAGAGGAAUCUAUCUUGUAGGCCUUUACGCUCAAAAUCAUUAGCUAAUUAACACUGGAAUUAUGGGGAGGGAGGGAUAAUUUUACUAGUUAACACAGCAAAGCCUACAUAGGGUAUCUUGUUUGUAUUUAAGUCAUUAGACUUGUGUGUUUGGUUUUUUUAAAGGAUCCACUACAUGCUAUUGGGCUUAUGGCUUUCUUUGGUUUUUUAUUUAUUUAUUAUUUAGCAUUUUGAGUUUGACAUUCUAGCAUUAUAUUGACAAUAGAAUAUGCACUGUGAAACAUUUCCAGUUGUUUUUUUUUUAAUGGGUUUGGUCAUUCUCCACUGAAUCAACACAUUAUGAAGUUCCUUCUGCAGGAGUUAAAAUGUGUGUGUCAUGGUCAUGAGAGAAAUAUCCACAAUAAAGAAAUCUGGAUGAGUGCCAUGCACUCUUUUUAAAAAUAAAACUAGUUUUGAGUAA